UUUUAUUAUUUUUCUCUUACCUCUUGCAGCCACCUGAACGACAACCGCUUGGUGCACUUCGAGUUGCAUGCCUUCGAUUGCAUGCAGAAUCUUACAUCACUGCUGCUGACGGGCAAUGAAUUCAAGACAUUGGAUCCGCGUGUCUUGCAGAAUCUGACAAAUUUGAAUUAUAUCUACUUCUCUUGGUUCCAUUUGUGUCGCGCCGCCCUGCAUGUGCGCGUCUGUGAACCGCAUGGUGAUGGUAUUAGUAGCACUUAUCACUUGUUGGAUAAUCAAAUAUUGCGCGCGAGGAAAAUGUAUACGGAUACGAUAAAGAAACGAUAUAACUAUAAAAAUUUGUAUACCGAUAUGUAA